CAGUUGUUAAGCGUCCGCGCGCUUACUAGCAUGAAACAACCCUCGCGUGCUCCUUGCUUGACUGCCAAAGGCUUGAAACAGCUGAUCCGUGUGUAUUGGUGAAAGUUUGGGUUAAAGUGUUUGGGCAGUGUCCCCCAAAACCCUUCCAACGCCCUAUUAGAUAAUGGCAAAAUUGCGGAUUUUCUUGGGAAAAAAUCCCGGAUUUUCCUCCUAAGAAAUGAACUGCUAUAGUGAAAGUGUAGUAUAUUAAAGCGAGAAUUAUUUCCUUAAAGGUUGAGAUGGAGUACAAGGAGUUAGAAGGGGAGUACUCUGCACUAAAGAAGGAGUACAUAAAUAUCAAGGAUGCACUCAGGCGAACCAGGAAGGAGUUGACCCGUGAAAAAAUAAGGUUGAGAAAGGUCGUCCUUGCUGUGUCAGAGAGAUUAGAACAAUCCAGUAAACAUAUGAAACAGAUGGAAGCAGAGAAGGAGAACCAGCUUGACACCUUGAGCAGUGACCUGCUGCAGUUGCAGGGGAGUAUCCUCAGGGAGAGGAACAGAGUCCUUGUCAUCAUUCAAGAGAGGGACAGGGUCAUCGACGCUCAGAAGAAGGAGAUUGAGACGCUCAAGCGACAAAACAAACUGCUGGAAGGGAAGGGGCGCGGUGUUCAGAAAAUGUCCGAAACCAGAUCCAAACCAAAUAAUGAUUUGUCAUAUUUGCCGCGGGUAAAUCAAGAUUUCCCGCCAUAUCUCCAGGGCACAGCUGAGUCGUCUUCCAGAAGUUUAGAGGAUUUGGAUAAAUGCGCAAAGCCGCCGGUUCCCUCAAGGGAUGGUGUGAAUCGAAAACUACAUAUUGGUGGGGCCCCACCACCACCCCCGCCGCGGGGAGUCAGUCUUCCGGAAAAAGUGAGUCAAAAGCGCAGUAGCGACACCAAAAAUGUAACUUUUUCCUCGUUUUCUCGUGAUAGCAAAAAUGAGGAAAAGUUCGACAGCGGGCGUGAGUCGGACGAAACAUUCGACAACGAAAGUAUAAAAUCUACAGAAAUGGCGACCUCCCCCUCCUUCAGUUUAGACUCUUCAGAUUCAUUCUCCCCCGAAACUAUUUUCAGUCAAAAAAUAAAUUUGAUGAAAGAAAGUGUUGUAAAUAUGGACAACAAGACUAAGGUUACUUUUUGGACAGAUACCUACCUCUAGUGAUUUGAUUGAUUGAUUGAUUAGCCUCAAAUUCUGUUUUUUUUUGUGUUAAAGCAAAAAUGUUAACAUUUUACUGCAUUUUAAAGUUUUUUUUUGACCUUGUUAAAAAGUUACAGAUAUCAAAUAAGACAGGUUGACUUACUUCAUGUAUUUUUUAAUAUCUGAUAUUUUUACAAAAUCAGUCAUCCGUAUCUGUUAAACAGAAUUUCUAUUAAACUUAGUUAUUUUUCUUUAAUGAAAAUGAUACCACCAAAAUAAAAAAAAUAUGUAUUUUAAUUUGAAAUUAUUUUAGGGUCAGAUUUUAAUGUUUCCAAUAUCCAAAUCAUUUAACAGGGUUUUCAUAAAACAUAAACACUAUGUUUUCAUGUCAUUUAUUAUGUUUUAAGUCAAUUGUGCAUCUUUAACAGUCGUCGUCGUAUUUAUCAAUACAAUGAAGACGACAAUUUCAAUUUAUGUUUUAUACAAGCUUUCAAACAGC